AUGGAUCAAUGGUUCAUUUCUGACCGGCCUCCGUGGGGUGUGACAGUGUUUGAGGCGACAACGGGCGGCCAGGACGCUAACAUGACGCUGACGAAGCUCUCCUGGGUGGUUGCUCACGCUAGACGGGUGCGGCAGGUGUCGUGGUGCGUGACAGUGGUGUUGGCGAGUGACGACCUGGCCUUCCUCUCCACCUUCGCCCAGUGGUCCCUCAAGGGUCGCCUCCUGGUGUGGUCAACCAGGCUCCUGGUCGUCACCAGCCUGCCCCUCCACCACCUGCAGGUCCUCCAUAGGACCUUAUCCAGGACCAACUCAAUGUUACUCGUUGUGGAAGACAUUUCGAGAAUGCUCAGGUGCAGGUUGUAUGUGUACCUGCCCUACACCUCCAGGGAAGACCUGCCUGUCCUGCUGGCUACCUGGACGCCGCAGCGAGGCUUCGUGCUAGUUUCCAGCCUGCCAUUCUUCCCAGACAAAUACACCAAAUUUCUUCGGCGGCCACAGUUGUCGGUGACGACGGAGGCGCUAAACUCCCGCGAAGUGACCAAAGUCAAGAAGAACGAGGGAAGCAAAGAUUAUAUGAUGGAUUAUCUCUCACAAGGACUCAACUUUACGUACAAGUAUGUGAUCCCGGCUGAUGGAUCAUUUGGCUCAAAACAGGACGAUGGUUCGUGGUCCGGCAUGGUGGGUAUGGUGAGCAGGGAGGAGGCAGAAUUCGCCGUUGGACUGUUUGGUAUGACUGAGAGUCGCACUGAGGUUAUAGACUUCACCUGGCCAGUCACCAUCCAGUACUCAAUGAUCAUGGGCGCUCGAGGGCGUCCAGUUGUGGACCCUUGGGGCUUCGUGCUGCCCUUGGAGCCCCUGGUGUGGGCGGCCAUCCUGACGGCGCUGCUGGUGCUGCCUGUCGUGAUGGUGCUCCUGGCUUCAUGCUCCUCAGUCACAACUAAACAGUACACCUGGGGGAAGGACAUUUUUGACCUGACUCGAAUAUUGUUACAACAAGAUUGUCACUCUGGUUCUGAUCCAGAAUCUGAACCUCGGAUGUACAUGCUGCUGAAUUGCAGGUGUUUCUUUUAUCUGUGGACCUUUGCUGUGGAGUCCGGGAUAUUCCGUGAGGUUGCGGAGGCGGAGACCAAGAGCCGCGUCAAGUACAAGUUGCUGUCAGAGCUUCCUCAGGCCAUUAACACCCUGGUGAGGCGGGGCGACCACGUUCUCAUGGACCUGGAGAUCGUCAUAACUUUGAUCAUCGGGCAGUACUUCACUCACACAGGACGGUGCGACUUCUACUCCUCGAGGGAGAGGUUCCUGCCCAUGGUGUUGUCUAUGAUCGGCCAGAGAGACAGUCCCCUCGUUCCUGCCAUUAGUAAGAGUGCAACAUGUGACAAUCACCAGUGCAACAUGUGUCAGUCACCAGUGCAACAUGUGACAGUCACCAGAGCAACAUGUGACAGUCACCAGUGCAACAUGUGUCAGUCACCAGUGCAACAUGUGACAGUCACCAGUGCAACAUGUGACAAUCACCAGUGCAACAUGUGA